CGUGCUGUCCGAUUGGUCCGACGAGCGCUUCCUGGUGUGUUCUGUCUUUUGAUUGGCUCAACCUUCUUUUUGACUCAAACUGCUGAGGAGUGCUAUUGGACGGCUCUAAUGUCAAUUUAGUUUCAACGUCAACGUUGAAAUAUUGUACAAAUAAACAAUAAUUACGAUUUUAUUCAAUGAUAAAUAUACAAUUUCUGUAAAAUCGCCAUGAAUAAAUUAACCAUGUUAACAGUUUAAUAAUUUGUAUUAUAUUUUCUUCCUAUGAGAACACAAUGAAUACAUUUUGUUUGGGGUCUCCGGUUUGUUAUAUACCCAGUAGUAGAAAAAAAAGAUCACAUCACAUUCUCACAAUCAUGCAACAUUAUAUUUAUUUUAGGAUUCUGAUGUGGUUCAUGAGUCAUUUCUUGUGAAGGGAAGUCCGACUGCAACUGCGAAUCGGUUCCUUUAAACAGUUGGUUCAAAACAAUUAUCCAUUGAUUAUUUUUAAUAAUCCGUUAAACUGUUUUAUUUAACUUUUAUAAAUAAGGUCCCUAACCAUAGUUUUAUUACAGGUAAAGUGUAGUAAGCAUGUUUUUUGAACCAUGUUCUAUUUGUAAACCACAUUUAUUUUCUACAAAAUCUAUGAUUAAUUUAUCAAAACCAUGGUUAAUGUGUGGUUUACUGAUUCGCGUACGAAUCGUUUGGCUCUUCUUGACGAAUCGCUAUUGAGUCGGAUCUUUUUGAUGAAUCGCUAUUCAAAAUGGCUGCGCCCGGCACACAUGAGUGUGUAGACAGUAUGGCAUCAGUAAAGGCUGCAUCCUCUGCUGCUCCUCUCGUUCUUCGUAUCGUGGCGGAGUGUCCUGUGAGCAAGGCAAGAGCCUGCACACUUACACUUCCACACUGCGCAGUAAACACCCCGGUGUUCAUGCCGGUGGGCACUCAGGGUACCCUGAAAGGCAUCACUGUAGACCAGCUGGAGGAUCUGGACUGCCAGAUAUGCCUGGGGAACACAUAUCAUCUCGGCAUGAGACCGGGUCCUGAGUUAAUAGAGAAAGCCAAUGGAUUGCACGGGUUUAUGAAGUGGAAUAGAAAUCUCUUAACGGACAGUGGCGGGUUCCAGAUGGUGUCUCUAGUGGAGCUGUCUGAGGUGACGGAGGAGGGCGUGACGUUCCGUUCCCCUUACGAUGGAAAGGAAAUCCUGCUCACCCCGGAGCAAUCCAUCGGCAUACAGAACAGCCUCGGUUCAGACAUCAUGAUGCAGCUGGAUGACGUGGUCAGUAGUACGGUGAAAGGCCCGCGGGUGGAGGAGGCCAUGCACCGCUCCGUUCGCUGGCUGGACCGCUGCAUCAAGGCAAAUAAGAACCCGGACCGACAGAACCUGUUCGCCAUCAUUCAAGGGGGGCUCGAUGCCAAACUGCGCAAGGCCUGUUUAGAUGAAAUGACGAAGCGUGAUGUGCCGGGCUUCGCCAUUGGUGGGUUGAGUGGGGGAGAGGAAAAGGAUGACUUCUGGAAGAUGGUGACUCUCAGCACACACCACCUCCCCAGAGAAAAGCCCCGCUACCUCAUGGGAGUCGGCUAUGCACUAGACCUGGUGGUCUGUGUUGCCUUGGGCUGUGAUAUGUUUGACUGUGUCUUCCCAACUCGAACAGCAAGAUUUGGAUCCGCUUUAGUUCCCUGGGGAUCUCUGCAGCUCAAACAGAAACAAUAUGCUAAAGACUUUCAGCCGAUUGAUCCUGACUGCCAGUGUCCCACCUGCAAGAGACACAGUCGGGCUUACCUUCACGCCCUGUUCAAGAGCGACACUGCAGCCAUGCAUCACAUCACCAUCCAUAACAUCUCUUACCAGCUCACGCUCAUGCGCUCAGUGCGUCAGAGCAUCAUAGAUCAGAGGUUUCCUGAGUUUGUGAAGGCGUUCAUGAAGAGGAUGUUCCCGUCCAGCGAUCAGUACCCCAGCUGGGCUGUAGAGGCACUGCAGUCAGUCAACAUCACCGUCAGCUGAGACGCCCACACCAGGAACAUGAAGACAAGAAACACACUUGCUGUUUUUUUUUUAAUGGAUCUGGCUCUUUUUUUAAAUGCUUACAUUUUUAACAUAUAAUAUGUGAAAUAUACCUGUUUUGUAAAUAAAAACUUA